AUGGCUGGGACGCGGGCGCUGGCAGCCUGGACCCUGGCGCAGCGGCCCGGGCGCCACACUGCCCCUUGCCGGGGACACAUGGGAACGCGCACCGCGCUCGGCUGCUCGGUCAGCGGCUUGUCCAGCAGCGAGUGGGCUACCCCAAGGGACCGACCAACAGCAUGGGCAGAGCCGGGGUCUCUCAGGUGGCUUUUCUGGGCCUCUUCCUCUGUUCUGCAGACUCCUCUCUGCCCCGAUUGCCCUGUCCCCACCGUCCCCCUCGGAGACUUGUCCCCCGGAGACGCAAGGAACCUCGUCCUCUGCAGUGGCAGUGAGCCCGUGGGGGACUUCGACCCUGAGGACCUGAACCUCACAGAUGAGGCCCUGAGACUUAAGUACCUGGGGCCGCAGCAGAUGGAGCUGUUAGUACCUAUGUGCGCCACGUACCUACUCAUCUUCACUGUGGGCACUGCGGGCAACGUGCUGACCUGCGCGGCCAUCCUGUGCUGCAAGGCCAUGCGCAUGCCCACCAACCUCUACCUGCUCAGCCUGGCCGCUGCCGACCUGCUGGUGCUGCUGCUCGGGCUGCCGCUGGAGCUCUACGAGAUGGCACGCAGCUACCCCUUCCUGCUGGGCCGCAGCGGCUGCUACUUCCGCACGCUGCUCUUUGAGACAGUGUGCCUGGCCUCGGUGCUCCACGUCACCGCCCUGAGCAUGGAGCGCUACGUGGCGGUAGUGCGCCCCCUGCAGGCGCGGGCCGGGGUGACGUGGGUGCACGUGUGCCGCGUGCUCGCGCUCACCUGGGGCCUGGCCAUGCUCUGCUCGGUGCCCAACACCAGCCUGCACGGCUUGCAGCAGCUGUGGGUGCCCUGCCGGGGCUGGGUGCCCGACUUGGCCGUGUGUACCCUUGUGCGCUCCCGGGACGCCUACAGCCUGGUGGCACAGGCCCCGGCGCUGCUGUUCUUCUGCCUGCCCAUGGGCGCUCUCAGCCUGCUCUACCUGCGCAUGGGGUUGCUGCCAUGCUGCGGCGCAACCGGCAGCAGCUGCGCUUGGCCAAGGCCUGUGCCAUCUGCGGACUCCGGCCGCUGGGCCGGCGCGGAACGCAGGCACCUAAGAUGCUGUGUAAGUGUCACGCUGCAAGAUGGGGGCCAAGCCAGGCGCUGGGUGUGGGGCCUGGGCUCCCAGGGCCUUCAGAGGCUGUGUAUGCAACCUGGGUUACACAGUGAGUUCAAGGCCAGCCUGAACAGCACAGUGAGAAGCCAUCUCAAAAACAAAGCCACAGCAAACGUUAUUCAGCGGGGCUGGGGGAGCUGGGAAGUGGGAGAGGCCCUCCCAGCCCUUUCUCUGUCCCCCAGUUGUGCUGUGAUAGUGUUUGGCAUCUGCUGGGCCCCAUUCCACAUUGACCGCCUCAUGUGGAGCUUCGUAUCGCAGUGGACAGAGGGCCUGCUGCUGCCCUUCCAGUAUGUACAUGCUGUGCCCGGCAUCUUCUAUCUUGGCUUGGCCGCCAACCCUGUGCUCUACAGCCUCAUGUCCAGUUGCUUCUGAGAGAGCUUCCGGGAUGCCCUGGGCCUUGGAACCCGGAGCCACCGCCAAGCCCGUGACAACUCCUACAGCCUCAGCAGGGUGACCACAGGCAUUAGCCUGUGUGACCAGGGCUCCCAGAGUGGCAGAGCCCAUCCCCUGGCUGAAAACAGUGGCCCUGAGGAGCAGGGAGGGACAGACCCCUCCUGAAAGGAGCAGCCUCUCCUGAGGGUCACCAGGGGCCUGACAGCUGUACUCCCUGCAGGGGUGGCCUUGCGCCUGGCCCCAGCUCAGC